AUGUCAUCUGCAGCAGCAGCAGCAACAAUCAAUACAAUAGCACAAUGGCUCAACUAUGUUCUUGCUAUACCAAUGAUUACUGUCGGUUUUAUAGGAGCAAUAUUAACAAUUAUUGUUUUUAAACAACAAAAAUUAUUUCGUCGUAAUCCAUCCAUUGUUUAUUUAUUAUCAGGCGCUAUCAUGACAACGAUACAUCUCCCAACAGUUUAUUUACAAAGUAUACUUGUCGAAGGUUUUCAACUAGGUUUAUACAAUACUAAUGAUAUUGCUUGUCGAGAACGUAAUUAUUUAUUUUAUGUAACAACAGUAGCAGCUAUUUCAUAUCCAUGUUGGGCUGCUUUUGAUCAAUAUGCAAGUACACAUCGUGAAGCAAAAUUUCGACAUUAUUGGAGUUCAAUUAGAUUUGCUCGAUUAGCUAUUAUUGGUACUGUAAUCUUUUGGACAAUUAUUUAUUUUCCUUUAAUUUUUGUUAGUAGUAGUAUUAAUAAUGUUUGCAUUGUAAGAGAUGGUCCAUAUAGAAUAUUUCAUGCUUAUAUAUUAACACCUAUAGUUUUCAUUAUGGGACCAAUCACUUUAACUACAAUUUUUACAUUGGGUACCAUUCGAAAUCUUCGUUCAAGUGCUUUUUCUAAUCGUCAUGAUCGUCUAGCAAAACAAAUUCGUCGUAUGCUUAUUCCUCAACUUAUUAUUUUAGCUAUAUUCGGAAUACCAUUUGGUAUUGAUUCUGUUUAUCAAGAUAUAACACGAAAUGUACAGAAAGAUAUUCUUCGGCAAGCCAUCGAACAUUUAUUUGCUGAAAUCACUCGUGUGAUUUAUCAUGUUAUAUUUGUUAGCACAUUUUAUAUAUAUUUAUAUAUGUCAAAUGAUGUAAGAAAGAUAAUGAGUCGAUUAAUUCAUAGAUAUAUCAAGAAGAAUGAUGUUGUACCAUUUAAUAUUUCAUCUGGCAAAGCUAUAAGUAUGCGAAUCAUCAGAUCUACAAGUGUUUCAAAUCAAUAUCGAUGA